GCUUCCGUCCGCUCGGUGUGUCUGAGUGUACUUCCUUGUUCGUGCGCGUGUCCACCAGGACUGGGUGGCCCGGUCGCUUAACGUCGGGGAUAUUAGUUUAAAGCAUCAACAAGCGGUAUGAUCCAUCGCUGAGGGGCUCCUGACACGUACUUCACGUGAUCCCAGCCGCGGCGGAGAGAGUGGAGCACCUUGUGUUUUUGUUGCUGCCCGGCUGCCCUUCGUGGACGCAGCACGCCAAGGAUCCAAGCUGCCUUCGACUCUCGGCUGUCCCGCUUUCCGCUCGCUGACGACGCUGCCUCGGAAAGUUUGAGGACGACGUAGCCAAAAUUCGAAGAUGGCAGAAGCCAGAAGCGCCGUCGCGGGACUACAAGUGCGCGAAAUUGUGCGCGAACGAAGUUCCUGUGAAAACAUCUUUCGGGUAUGGCUGAGGACUGCCGUGCGGAAAUAUCAUCGCGUCAGGAAUUCCAUCAGCAAUGGCAUGUGGCCAACGUCUGUGCACAAUAUCUGCAUACUUUGCGUAUUAGUUUUCCUCUUUAUGCUGUCAGACAUAGAGGUUGCCGAGUCAAUCAAAGAGCUUUUCUGGGAUACUGGUGACAAACUUCAUGUGCCUCAUGAACUACCGGCCACCGUUAGGGCCAUCAUAGUUGCUUGCUUCAUCAGUGUGGUGCUGUCCGUUGUAUUUAUGAAACUUCGCCAAAUCAUACUUCGCAGUUUACUCAGCUACCGAGGAUGGAUGUACGAGCCUACGAAGCCCGGCCAGAAGUACCUGACCAUGCUGUGGUGCAUCGCUGUGCGUGUUGUCAGUGGCUACCAGCCAUCGCUGUACAGUUGCCAACGGUCGUUACCAAGGCUCCCAGUGCCUCCUUUGCACGACACCAUAGUACGCCUACUCGACUCGCUCAGAGCAGUCUGCACUCCGGAAGAGAUGAAAGUCCUUGAAAUGCAGGCACAGAAAUUUGAGUCAACUUUAGGCCCCACACUACAGCGGCUACUGUAUCUGCGGUCCUGGAUCUCAAGCAACUAUGUUUCGGAGUGGUGGGAAAAGUACAUAUACCUGAGCAACCGCAUGCCUCUAGCCAUCAAUAGCAACUACUACUGUUUCGACCAGAGCUACGCUCAUCCAUCACACAUUCAGUCCUCAAGGACAGCAGUGAUUAUUCACAACUGCCUAGUCUUCAAGCGCCUAAUUGACCGAGAAGAACUGCAGCCCCUAGUUCUUCGUGGCACAGUUCCCAUUUGUAUGUCCCAGUAUGAAAGGCUCUUCUCAACUACAAGAGUACCUGGUGUAGAUAUUGAUGAAAUCUGCCACUACAGUUCUACUGAGUCAAAGCACGUUAUGCUGCAACACAAAGGAUUUUUCUACAAGGUCGACGUGUAUGAUGCUGCCAACCAAAUUCUUUUCCCGACAACACUUGAGCAUCAGAUCGAGUGGAUAAUGGAAGACGCUAAGAAGCAUACUGCCAGUGAAGCUGAGGCAUCUCUGGCGGCUCUCACCACGUUAGACAGGGUGACGUGGGCAAAGAUUCGCCAGAAGCACUUCGCUGAUGGCAUAAACAGAGAGAGCCUGAGCGCCAUUGAGAAGGCCACAUUUUUUGUAAGCAUGAAUGACCUGGAACCAAGGGGCCUCACCGAAAGAGGGAAGUUGCUGCUCCAUGGUGACGGCAGGAGCAUCUGGUUUGACAAGUCGCUCAACGUUCAAGUGUUCAAGGACUGCACAUCGGGCAUGAACUGCGAGCACAGCAUGGCCGAUGCCCCUGCUAUGGCCCACAUGUGGGAGUCCACCGUUACGAGGGAGGUGCUUGAGAAGCUGUACGAUGAGUCUGGCCGCUGCAUGCCACCGGGCAAGAAGUUCAAGCAGUACGCCAUCCUGCGACCCCAGCGUCUCGUGUGGGACAUCUCACCUGAACUGGAGAAAGACAUUGCCGAGGCUCUGGCCAAAGCGAGGAAGGCCAAUGAUGACAUGGAUUUGUUUGUGAGAGACCAUGAUAGUUGGGGUAAAGGAGUCAUCAAGAAAUGCAAGGUGUCUCCAGAUGCAUUCGUCCAGAUGGCCCUGCAGCUUGCGUACUACAAGGAGAACAAGAAGUUUGUCCAGACAUACGAAGCAAGCAUGACGCGGCUUUAUCUCAAUGGUCGAACUGAGACUGUGCGAUCGUGCACAAUCGAGGCCACGGAAUUUGUCAGGGCAAUGGUGGAGAACAGUGUGAGUACCGAGGAGAAAAUUCGUCUCCUUAAACGUGCGUGUGCCAAACAUCAAACGCUCUACCGGGACGCCAUGAGCGGCAAGGGUGUCGACAGGCACCUCUUUGCUCUCUAUGUUACCUGCAAGGGUCUCAAAUAUGAAAGUGAAUUUCUGACCAACGUGCUUAUGCGUCCCUGGACAUUGUCCACAAGCCAGACCCCUCACACACAGCUGGAUUACUCUCCUGAUGCAGACCUGGAAGUGUUCAGGAACAAGAUUUCUCCAGGAGGUGGUUUUGGACCAGUGUCCGACGACGGCUAUGGAGUGUCCUACAUCUUUCCGAACAACUCCAAGAUCUUCUUUCAUGUUUCGUCAAAGAAAUCCUGUGCUAGCACAAAUUCUGAGAGGUUUGUGAAGACACUAGAAGAAAGCAUGGACGAAAUGAAGGCUCUGUUUGGGCUUUAAAGCAGAGGGUAGGUACUACACGAACAAGAACCUCAUCGCAACCAAACAGAGCCCCUCUCGUCGGUCAUGACGCCGUUAAAUGUUGUCGAAGGUGGUUCAUUGGGGCUUUUUGCAAGAGAGCCCUCUUGUCUUCAUCCUUGUGCUGGACUUUCUUGCAAGUUAGAAGUUUUAAGCUUCUAACAUGUUUUAAUGAAUGGCAUAAUGAUAAAGAUGUUGUAGUGUAUGCUGCUCCCCUUGUACCAGCAGAUUACGAAUGUCGACCAAUCUUUUUUUUUUAAUGGUGAUGGUGGGAGUGGAAUUGAUUUUAAAGAUUUACUCAGGAUGUGCUCUUGUAGCUGCCAUCAAAGUGCAAAUGCCUGGUUGAUUUCUGUACAUUAUGUAUGAUCACUGUAACCCACUCCUAGUGAGGUGUCAAAAAGCUCUAUAGAGCAAGGAGAUGGCUUUCCGUGGUGAUUCAGUGAAACUCUUGAAUGGCAUUUUGUUUCACGCAGUGCCUCGGUACUCUUUCCAACAAUAGCUAUUGUAAUGUUGUCCUUGGCAUUUUCUGCCAUUCUUGUGAGCAGUCUGCAUAGUUGUCCUAUACAUUUAAGGCCAUAUAGUAUACUAACAAUGGUUGAAGAGCGUAGAGCGUACAGUGAAAAGCCAAAUUUAACAAGGUACAUUAAUCUUAGGCAAUUUUCGUUUUUGCACAAUCGAAGUGCAUGAAUCAAGGUAAUCAUGGUUGACCUGUUCAUUGUUUACUCCCAAAGUAUCAUGUUGAUUUGAAAUUAUCGAUGCUACACUUUUCUUUAGCGCGUUUCACUCGCGGUAAAUUCAUAAGCAUCACACUAUCGUGGUUACUGCAUAGCUUUCCUUGUUGAAGGCUGCUUUUAAUUAAUAUUUUUAAAUUAAAUGCUUGGUUAUCUAAGUGGGGGAUGAAAGAGCAAGCUCAGAAUGCCUUGGUGAAAGAAUGGGAAACUUAUGAUGAACAAGGUAUGCUUGUUUUGGAAGAUAUUAUGUUUUGCUCGAUUUUUUGUUUAGGCUAUGUCAAAGUUAUUAGGGUAACAAGCAAUUAGGAUUAUUUUGUAUAUAGGGUUUUAGUCACCUUUUAAUUAAAGGGUACAGCAGUUCUGUAAGUUCCUUUUUUUGUAGCCAUGUUUUCCUUUCUCGCACUUGACAAAAAAUAAAAGAAAAGCGGUAUACUGUGAGCAACAGCUUUGUUCAAGAGAACAAAGUAGCAAGACAAUUCAUUUGCUGGGAAACUACUUGCUUUAGUGAAGUUUUGACUUGCAAGCAGUCUCUGGGCUCUGCUGACUUUCUGCCGGCAGCCAUGUACAAUGCAUUUUAGCUUAGACACGAGCCUUUUGCACACUUGCUGCUUUUAAUGUUUUACUUUUCUGCAAAAAGACUGUGCCUCUACACAGUGCGAGACGGUUUAAGGGAACACUAGAGUGCACAGCUUGCACUGUGAAAAGGUCCCAGUUGUGGCUACUUACAGAAACAGAGUAGAUGCAUUAUUAGGUGAGUACAGAGCAUUCAGUGCCACUUAUAGUGAAAUGUCUGCUGUUGCUAGCUUUCACUGAAUUUCAGUACCAAUGAACGAUAGACUCAUGCCCCACUAUCUCAAAUUUUCUUUACGAGUUGACUACACUGUACAUGCUUGACGUUGGCUACACCCCACAUUUCUUUAACUUGUGAUGGACUGUACUUGUGAUGCGGUUCACGGGUGCAUUGUGACUGAAGUUGCUGUUGUAGUAUUAAUUACUAUCUAAGGUGGCUUUAUAGUCUCCAGUACAUUCGUCUAUUAUGAAGUAAAAUGUGUUGUAAGUGUUUUAAUUUUAGGAGUAAAACCAAAGGCAGUGGGUAGGUGCUGUGCUAUGGGGAGGCACACGUAGCAGUUCAGUGCAAACAGAAUUUUUGGCCAUUUAAUUGCUGCUGGCUUUUGGCUAAGUACCACUCGUAUUCUUUUUGACUCGCACAAAUGUUUUAUAUCUUGAAGUAUAUUUUUUUACACCCUUAGUGGCAACUUUCUACUUUGGGAGUUGUUACUGCAUUCUUCCUGGCUGGAGGGGGUGCAUCUUUACCAGCCAUUUUUAUAUUGUGAUUUUAGAUGCAAUGACUGUUGUCCAUUGAAAUGUUUGUACGAGUAAUGCAGUGCAUGUUUACAUUUGUGUGUUUAUACAAAUGUGUUGCUUGUUGACUCGGCGAGUGUAGGUUCUCAAUAUUCUUGCUCACAUUUCUGUAGAGGUCUGCAUGUGUUUUAGGCAGGCAUGACAGAAUACCAAUCCAAAGCCAUGGCUUGAUUGUUGUGUCCUUUCUCUUUCUCUAUUUUUUAAUUGUGUGGAGUGUGAAGUGUAGUGUAAAUGGUUGAAAGGACAGUAACUUCCGUACGUGUAUAAUGCGUAUUGUGUGUCUCGAGCCUUUUUUGUGUAUAUACAUUUUGUGACGGCCUACUCACUGAUGGCACGUGCUUUAAGCUAACAGUGUUCGCAUAGUGAUGACUGUAAUAAAAUCAUGGCAAGCUAAAACGAUUUGUGUCAGGUGUAGUUGUUUUUCCCUUGUGAAGUGUUGGCUAUUCUUUCAUUAAUCUGCUAGUAAUUGCAAUGUUCAUCUGCUAACCGAGCGUGCUCUCGUGACUUGGUGGCAGUGGGGCAUUGUGCUGCUAAGCAAGGUUGCAGACUCAAUUCUCUAUCGCUGUGGUUGUGUACUAAUUGGAGCAGAAUGCAGAAGUGUUUGUAUAUACUCAGAUUUCUUGAGAAAUAGAAAAGAUCACCAGAUGGUGCACCAUGUGUCUCGUACCUCACUGUGCACUUCUGGGGGCGUAAGGCUAAACUAUUUCAGUCCACAGGUUACUGAUGAAUCAUUUUAGAAACAGUUAAGCACUAAAGAAACGCUUUUUACAUGCAUCAUUAUAACCAUUUUCAUUAUGCACUGCCAAAGGGCACUUUUAACUUCUGCGGGCAUGUGCAAAGACAUGUUUACCUGGACGUGAGAGUUAGUGAUGCAAUCCACUUGAAACGUGCGGUAAGCUAAUAUGUGUAGGCAUAAUAAGUGAUGGUUGUCAGGGAGUGAUGGGUCAGUGUUGCUCAGGUAGGAUUGCAAUUAAGAAUUUUUUGGAUUUUUGACAUUAUAAUGUGCUGUGGGGGUGCUCCAUGUAUGUCUGGAAUGCUAUGGAUAAAAGCAUUAAAACUGGUGCUACAUUUG